GACUGCCCGACGAUGACGGUGAUUAACAAAUAAACAUUCCGCCGUCUCUGCCAGCCAUAUUCAUUUCGGGCGUAGCCAAGUUGGUCAUCUAGUAGGAAACAAGUGCCUUGCGUAUUUUCCGAGCGGAAAAUGCCACAAAUUUAAGUUAAUUUCCCAUCGAAAUCAGUGAAAGUCGAUAGUGCUUCGUGUCGGGAGUGUUCCUAGCCAGAAAAAAUGACGAUUCUGUGGCGCUGCUGCGCUCUGAUAGCGUUUGCAAUUUUUGUGGGUGUGUUAGCACAGUACGAAUGGCAACCGAAGGAUGCCUUCGAUGAAAUCAAAGUGAAGUUUGAUCGUGCCACGGGCGAUAACUGCCCGAUUCUACAUAUCGCUGAUUUGUUCCUGCCGGAUAAUACCUUGUCCCAUCUGCCGGACAUUAAGGAAUUCGAUCAGAAUCCAAUCUUUCCCAAUCGGACGGCUCUGCUGUUGCUGCACAAUAUGGCGCUGACCAGAGGAUUCUACUGGAGCUACAUCCUGCAGAGUCGCUUCAUCCGUCCGGCCAUCAACGAUACCUACGAUCCGGGAAUGAUGUACUACUUCCUGUCGACAGUAGCGGACGUGUCCGCCAAUCCGUCAAUCAACGCUUCAGCCGUGUACUUCUCACCGAAUACGUCGUUCUCUUCGUCCUAUCGAGGAUUUUUCAACAAGACCUUCCCACGGUUCGCCCCCCGAACGUUCCGCCUGGACGACUUCAACGAUCCCAUCCACCUGCACAAGAUCUCCACCAUGAACACCUUCGACGUCCGGGAUUUGGGUUCCUUUUCGCCGGAUUCGAUCUCGCACGACUACACCACCGAUUUCUAUAAGGUCAACGAUUGGUACAAAGCAUGGCUUCCGGAUGUCGUGGAAAACCGGCACGAUACCAAAACGACCUACCAGGUCGAGAUCCGAUAUGCUAAUAAUACCAACGAGACGUUCACCUUCCACGGACCACCCGGAGCCGAUGAAGAUCCCGGCCCGGUCAAGUUCACCCGGCCGUACUUUGACUGUGGACGAUCGAACAAAUGGCUGGUGGCAGCGGUGGUUCCGAUUGCCGAUAUCUACCCGCGGCACACGCAGUUCCGGCACAUCGAGUAUCCGAAAUACACCGCCGUCUCGGUCGUCGAAAUGGACUUUGAGCGGAUCGACAUCAACCAAUGCCCGAAGGGUGCGGGCAACUCGGGCAAGAACAAGUUUGCCGACACGGCUCGCUGCAAGAAGGAAACCACCGAAUGUGAACCGCUUGAUGGUUGGGGAUUUCGGCGGGGAGGAUAUCAAUGUCGCUGUAGACCUGGGUUCCGGUUACCAUCGGUGGUCCGUCGGCCGUUCCUGGGCGAAAUUAUGGAACGGGCAUCGGAUGAACAGUACUACAAUGGGUUCGAUUGCAAACGGAUUGGUUGGAUUCACAAGACGCCCAUCGAUUGGUACCGACUGCCGCAAUACACUCGUGAUAAGUACCUGAAUCACUACUAUGAGUACAUUAACUAUACGAAGGGUGCGACGUCGUUGCACGCGGAGAAGCUUAACGUGAAUGAGGUGCUGAACUUUAUCCUCGGAGUUACGGAGAAUACGUGCAAGAACUUCCACCCGCAGGAUUUGGUGUUGAACGGGGACAUUGCUUUCGGAGCGAAGGAACAGUUUGCGAAUGAAGCCAAGAUGGCGCUGCGAUUGGCGAACUUCAUCAGUGCGUUCCUGCAGAUUUCCGAUCCGCUGGAGGUGUACUCCGGGAAGCGAGUGGCCGAUAAACCGCUGACCGAGGAUCAGAUGAUGGGUGAAACGCUAUCGCUGGUGAUGGGAAAUUCCAGGAUCUGGACGGCUGCGACGUACUGGGAAAGGAGCAAGUUUACGAAUCGGACGUUGUUUGCUCCGUAUGCGUACAAAACGCAGAAGAAUUCCAGGAAGUUUAAGCUGGAAGACGUGGCGAGGAUUAACAAAACCGGAGAGGACUAUACCGAGCUGCCGUACUUUAAGCUACUGAAGCAGAGGUGGGCCGCAAACUUUGAUUCGCUGGAGAAGUACUACAUGAAGAUGAGAAUCCGCCACAACGAGACUGGGGAGCACUCGCAGAAGUAUGAGCAUUAUCCGAACUUCUACCACGCGGCUACGGUGGACCAUGGCUUCUGGACGGCUCCCAAGUUCGAGUGCAAGGGCUACGUGAAGAAGUGGCUUAUAACCUACGCGGCACCCUUCUUCGGAUUUGACAGUCUGAAGGUGAAACUCGAGUUCAAGGGAGUCGUUGCAGUCUCGAUGAAUGCGCUACAGCUGGAUAUCAACCAGUGUCCGGAUGACUAUUACGUACCGAAUGCAUUCAAAAAUACCCACAAAUGCGACGAAAGGACUUCAUACUGCGUUCCGAUCCAGGGCCGUGAGUUCGAACUCGGUGGCUACAAAUGCGAGUGUCUGCAAGGCUUCGAGUACCCGUACGAGGAUCCGAUCACCUACUUCGAUGGGCAGCUGGUCGAGGCAGAGUUCCUCAACAUUGUCAACGACGAAAAGAGUCGCUACGAUACGUUCAAAUGCCGAUUGGCCGGAGCGGCCGCCCUGCGUGUCGAGUUCACCAUCUUGAGCGCGCUGUUGCUGCUCAGCUGGAUGGUCUUCCGACGGUGGAGCCGGUAGAUGGGGAGCAGACAGUUGGCCAUGAUUAAACCUUAUCGUACUUUACUCUAGAUUGACGUCUGCUGUUUACAAUUUAUCCAUCGUCAAAAAGCGUGGUUGAGGUGACUACCGACAUGUGCAUUUCCAUUUUUAACGAAACAUUAUGUAAAUCAUUCCAAUUAGCGUAAGGGAAAUGGUGUUCAACUCACAUUCCGUCCAAGAAAUUGUCUAAUAUACUGAAAUUCUGCAUCUCUAGCGAAUCUCCAACAAUUUAGCAAUAAGAAUAAGGUAUGUAGAAAUGUAAACCGUCCAGCUGAUGUUUAUGUACACAUUUUAGAUUACGUUUUUAUCAACCGGAAAAGUCUUUUUAUCACACGAAAAUGUUGUUUGAAUAGUAUUUUUGUUACAAAGACAACUUUUGUACAAUUUUAGACUAGUUUUAGAGCUAAGUUAAGCGACUAAAAAAAUCAUCUAAUAAAUGUUAAAACGAAAAA